AUGAUUCCAUUCUUUCAAGAUUUUGGUCGCGCAAUUGACGGAUAUUUCUUAGAAGGACAUUCAGAAAGUGAAGAUGAUGAUAUUGAAGAUAUAUAUGGUGAUGCAAAACUAUAUACAAAGUCUGAUGUUCUUGAUGCCCUUAAUGGAUCAUUCUACAAAUACUUAUUCUUUACAGAUAUAUUCCCUUGUUCAUACCCUCUUUCUAAAUCUUCGGAUCUUACAUUCCAAAUCAAGCUCAAAAAUCAAGAACAAUUAUCAUUCAUCGUAACAGAAGAUAAUGUAUCAGUUGCAAAUGAUAUCGCUUUAAAAUACAUUGAUACCUUUACUAUAUUCUCUCUUAGUAUGACAAUUACUUUGCAUCCAAGAGAAGUUGGAACAAUUGACUCUUAUCAAGUUGGUGUCAGUUCAAUAUUCGAGUUUUACUAUGGUACUAGUAUCAUUGUUUGGAAGAACUUGCACGAGCGAUCAAUCCUCUAUUCUAAAAAGCCAACUUCUGGAUUAUUGACACAGUGGACGAUUACAUCAGCCGCAUUCAUUGUUACGUUUUCUCUUAUCUGCUGCAUCAUUACAGUAAUCUCUCUUAUUCGAUUUUACCAAACAGCCAAGCAAAAAGCAUUAAAAGAAAGAACAUCAGUUCUCAAAUACUUCAGGAUCAAAUUAGAUCCUUGGGAACCAAUUUCCUUCUUAUUAGAUGCAUGUUCUGUUAUUUGUGUCUCCAUUUUUAUCAAAUACAGCAAAGAUAUAAACGAUAGCUUACCGUGGCCGAUGUUUUUACUCAGUGCUUCAUCAUUUGCACAUGUAUUUGUCUUGUUUAAGUACUUCAGACUUGUUCCUUCUCUUUAUCUUAUUGUUAGAAUGCUUGAACAAGGAAUUGGCCCUGUUUUCAAGUUCUUAAUUGGCUGCAUGCCAUUCUUCUUUGGAUAUAUUUAUGUUGGUGUUUGCUUAUUUGGAUGGUACAGCCCUCAUUAUACAUCACCAAGACAAGCAGCGAAAUUAUUAAUUUCAGCUUGUAAUGGUGAUUACCUUCUGGAUGGAUAUGAUGAGAUGGCUUAUGGUGCUGAUAAGUCCAAGCUCAUUCCAUCCAUUUAUUUCACUUCUUUCAUCUUCCAAGGACUUUGUAUUUGGUUCUACGUCACUUUGGCAAUCUUCCACGAGCUGUUGGAGAAACUCAUCGAAGAAGAGGAAGGAUACGAAGAUGAAUCAAGACCUCAAAGAGAUGAAUACCAGAAAAUUCCGACAUCAAGAGUUUUCGAUAAUAGCCGCUAUGUUUGA